ACCACUGCAGACUGCAACUGUAGGAGAAGAGGACAGAACUACUAGGAGCGGUAGAGAGGAACGGACUCACAGGGAAAUACACAUUCAGCAGGAAGCAGCAACACCUGGAACACAACUCUGUUCUGAGACUCCAAACAACCCUCUCACUGGAUCACUUUGGCUUUUAUUUACAAUUGAGACGAUUUGGAAACAAAGAGUUGAGAAAAGUAAGUUGGACUUUAAGAGGCGUGUUGGCGAUCAGAAGGGAAGAGAAGGACAGUUUAGGACUUUGGAUCUCAGUCAUCUUGGUUUUUUUUCCCCCUCUCUGUUUUAACAGACCAUAAACCACCUGGAUUGACCUUUAACCACUCUUGGGUUUCUUCUUCAUUUUUUUAACCCCCCUCCAGCCUGGAACCUUGGAGAGAGUUCUCUCUCUUCUGGGGGGGUCGGAGGACGAGACUGACCAGACGUACAGCGGGACAACAGACUCCGUCCAAGAUGUUGUGGUCGAGGAGAAUCGUUCAGCAGUGGUGCUUCUCUGUGUUCUUACUGUGUUCCCCUGUUCCUCACUACGGACGGCCAAUCGAUGGGCUCGCCAACAGGAUGAAGCGCUCGGUGACCCACGCCCAGCUGAUGCACGAUAAGGGCCGGACGCUGCAGGAUUUCAAGCGUCGCAUGUGGCUCCAAGAGCUGCUGGAGGAGGUCCAUACGGCUGAGAUCAGGGAGCUGCCCGCCCGCCCGGUGGUCAGCAGCGGACUGGGGCUGGGACUACCGGGUGCCGGGGUAGGGGUCAGCCUGGGAUUGGGCACUACUGGGGGUACCCUGCACCCCCACCCCAAACCUCCAGGGGGCACCAAAAACCUUCCCAUUAACUUCCAUAUGGAGGAGGAGGGAACCAACCUGCCGCAGGAGACCAACAAGUCCCAAACAUACAAAGACAAAGACGGGGCGCGGAGGGCCAAGGAAGGGAAGAAAAAGAAAGGGAGGAAUGGGAAG